GAUUCGUCUCACCAUUUUAUAACCAAACUGUGUAAUUAGUUUUUAUUUUCAUCUAUAUUUAAUGCUCUAUGCAAAUGCCGCAUGAUUCGAUUCGCGGUGUCACCAUGGCCCCCAAUCAUGUCGACGAAAACGAGGAGAAAAGCCGAGCGGACGACACGGGCAAUAAUAUAUAACGCGCGCUUUGCUCCCAGCUGCCAUCCUGGCCUGUCCGCCAUGCAUCCCACGACGCGCGACGACGAGCUAGCCAACUCCAUAUCCGCUCCGGCCGGCCAGCGGCAGCUCCACCAUCCCCUCCAGUAUAAAAUCCAUGGCGCGAGCGCGAGUGGCCCCAAGUCACUUCACUUCAUUUGGCGUUGCGUGGCCUUAUUGGUUUUGGUUGGUACAAGCGAAGCGACAAGCCUAGCUGGCAAUGGCGGACGCGCCAGUGGCGGCAGCAAUAAUGGGCGUGCAGGAUCAGCAGCGGAGGCGGCGUACGCGGGCGUCGAGCGAGUACCUGGGCGUGCGGCGGCGGCCGUGGGGCCGGUACGCGGCGGAGAUCCGCAACCCGGUCACCAAGGAGCGCCACUGGCUGGGAACCUUCGACACCGCCGAGGAGGCCGCCGUCGCCUACGACCUCUCUGCCAUCUCCAUCUCGGGCCCCGCCGCCGCGCGCACCAACUUCUACUACCCGCGGGACGCCACCGCACUGCAGCGGCAGGCGGAGCUGCUGCCUUAUGAUGAUGCUCCGGUGCCAUCGCCAGCGCCGCCGCCCUCGCCGUUGUCCGGCGGUAGCGGCGGCGGAACAGUGGAUGAUGAUGAUUAUGAAUGUCAGCUCACGGUGGAGGAGGCUGAUGCUGAUGAUGAGUCCAUGACGAUCGCCGCCAUUCUGCAGAGCUUCCAGCAUCUGAAUAAUGCUCCAUCGGCAUCCUCUGCUGAUUCGCUGUAUUAGCUGUAACGUGUUUGAGAACCGGGACAGUGUGUGUGUGUGUGUGUGUGUCUACUUGCUGAAUAGGUAGGCCGCUAAUAGAAGGUCGUCAUGCUCAUUGUCCCAUCCCAUGUUAGUAGCCAUCUUUAGCAUGUCUCCGUUUUGUACUAGGAGAGAGAUAUGAUGCUUGCAGUUUGCGAGGUAUGCAGAGAACACAUAAUCAGUGGGUGCACAAUCAGCAAGCAGUUCUGGGAGAAACUGGGGUUCCGGUAAUAAUCGGAAUGCCUGUUGACUCCAUCCACAAUUUGUUGAAGUGUUCCAAAUUCAACGUGAUGCUUUCUCUA